AUGUCCGUCUUGUUUGAAACGUCUCUCGGCGACAUCGUCAUCGACCUGGAAGUCGAUUCAUGUCCCAAGACGUGCGAGAAUUUCCUCAAGCUAUGCAAGGCUUACUACUACAACCUUAACGCGUUCUUUAACGUUUCGAAGGACUUUCUAGCGCAGACAGGUGACCCGACAGCUACUGGUACUGGAGGAGAAUCUAUAUGGUCCUACAUCGCCUCACAGUCAGAAGGGACAUCUGUGCCUCGCUACUUCACGCCAGAACUCGUUCCCAAACUCAAGCACACACACAGGGGGACAGUCUCCAUGGCUGUCGCCCCCUCCGUGAAUGGAAACACAGGAGGCUGUGGCAGUCAGUUCUUCAUAACUCUUGCAGACAAUAUCGAAUACUUGGAUGGGAAACAUGCUGCCUUUGGGCACGUAGUGGAGGGCCUAGACACGCUAGAUAAGUUAAACGAGGUCUUUACAGAUCAGGACGGUAGGCCAUUCAAAGAUGUUCGCAUUCGUCACGUUGUCAUUCUGGAUGAUCCGUUCCCCGAUCCAGAGGGACUGGUAAAACCACCUUCGUCACCUACACGGCCUCCGGACAAUUCUACCCGGAUUGCAGAGGAUGAAGAUCCACUUGCUACGUUACCGGAAGAGGAGGAGGAGCGAGAACGUCGAAAGAGGGCCGCUGAGGCGUCUGCCUUGACACUCGAAAUGGUUGGCGACCUGCCGUUUGCCAACGUGCGCCCGCCAGAGAACGUUCUUUUUGUCUGCAAGCUCAAUCCAGUCACCCGAGACGAAGACCUCGAGUUAAUAUUCUCGAGAUUUGGGACAAUUAUGAGUUGCCAGGUUAUCCGUGACAAAAAGACGGGGGAUUCCCUCCAAUAUGCAUUUAUAGAAUUUGACAAACGUGAGGAUGCAGAGCAGGCAUACUUCAAAAUGCAGAAUGUCCUAAUUGAUGACCGCCGGAUUUGGGUUGACUUCUCGCAGUCUGUGGCGCGGCUCAACACCACAUGGUCCAACGAUCCCAAAAUGGGACUCCGCCGGCAGAGGGACAAUGGUGGGUAUGGGGGGAGAGAAGAUCUCGAAGAAACACGGCGGUACAGAGGGGAAGACAGAAGAAGGGGUGGCCGGGAGUAUGACAUGGUGUUCGAUGUCCCCGGUGGUGGCUCCGCUGCACAGCGCCGGAAGAGGAGCCGAGAAAGGGAAGGGGAGCGGUCCACUGACUCCAGGGAGCGCCGGCACCGCCGCUCGCGCUCACCCCGCAAUCGGCGAUCGCGCUCCCCGCACCGGCGAUAG